AUGAAUCGUCACUACGCACGUCGCCCGUUGUACGCGAUUGAGGAGGAGGUCACACCUCAAGACCAUGAGAUCUUACGUCACGGUGGUACCUCUUCAAAUAUUGAACGCCUUCCUUCACGCCUUCAACAAUCGAAAAUGCAACCAAGAAGCUUGAGAAAGCAGGUUGAGGACUUGGCCUACGAAGUCAGCUACUUGAAAGCCGAGCUUUCCUGGCAUUCAGAAACCAAACAAGCACUGCUACAAUUUCAGGAACAGAUGUAUGGCUUAUUCCACAAUAUGGAGGAUGCUCUUGUUCAAGUCAAUAUCCGACUACGAAAUGCAGAACAGCGUUAUCUUAGUUUAUGGGGAUUGGAGGAUUGUGACAGCAGAAGUGGGGAUAUGAUCUGA